CUCCUCGUAACAUAAAACGCGACAGCGCCGCGCACCUCUCACUCUCUCCUUUCGAAUCUCGCGCGACCCGAACGCAACCACAACAACCAGCAAAAUGACUCUCGCUGUCGACCUUCUCCACCCCUCCCCCGAGGCCCAGGCCCGUACCCACAAGCUCAAGAAGAUUGUGCCCCAGCCCAACUCGUUCUUCAUGGACGUUAAGUGCCCCGGCUGCUUCCAGAUCACCACCGUCUUCUCCCACGCCUCGACUGUCGUCCAGUGCGGCUCGUGCGCCACCGUCCUCUGCCAGCCUUCGGGCGGCAAGGCCAAGCUCACUGAGGGUAAGUUCGCAACGCGCAAGUCGCUCGUUCAAGCUGACGCCAGGCUCCUCGUUCCGCCGGAAGAACUAAGUUCUCCGCGUAGCGAUCAGGUUCACUUGGUUUUAGCACGACGCAUGUACACAUUCGACAU